GAGGCCUCUUUGUUCGUCCCGUGGAAGGGGACACCGCCUGUGCGGGCAGGCAGGCAGUGCACACGCGCUUUGCAUUGUAGUAGUUCCGCGUGCAAAGAAAGCUCCUCGUGUUCGCUGCAGCUCGCGAUCGCCCCUCCAGUGCCCUCGGCGUGGUGUCUCGAACGGAACGCGGCAGCAGAUCUUGACCGUUUCCGUCAUUCCCAGCUGGUGACGCAUCAAGUGGGAAAGUGACCGAGAACGCGUGAAAAAGCGGCAGCCUAAAGCUACCAUCAUCACAGCCAGCAGGAUGGCUGCAGGGCCAUACAACUACUCAUACAUCUUCAAGUACAUCAUUAUUGGUGACAUGGGCGUGGGCAAGUCGUGCCUGCUGCACCAAUUCACCGAAAAGAAGUUCAUGGCCGACUGUCCGCACACCAUUGGUGUUGAGUUUGGCACACGCAUCAUCGAGGUGUGUGGUCAGAAGAUCAAGCUCCAGAUCUGGGACACAGCUGGCCAGGAGCGCUUCCGCGCAGUCACACGCUCCUACUACCGCGGCGCGGCAGGAGCACUCAUGGUCUACGACAUUACCAGGCGUAGUACGUACAACCAUCUGAGCAGCUGGCUAACCGAUGCAAGGAACCUCACCAACCCCAACACAGUCAUCUUUCUGAUUGGCAACAAAUGUGAUCUUGAAGCUCAGAGAGAUGUCACUUACGAUGAGGCAAAGCAGUUUGCUGAAGAAAAUGGUCUAAUGUUUGUGGAAGCUAGUGCAAAGACCGGUGAGCAUGUUGAGGAGGCUUUCCUUGAGACUGCCAAGAAGAUCUUCCAAAACAUUCAGGAUGGCAGCCUGGACCUGAAUGCAGCUGAGUCUGGUGUGCAGCACAAGCCCCAGACACGAACCACGACAAGCCUUACGAGUGAGGCUACCACAGAUAAGGAGGCUUGUGGCUGUUAGGAACCCCUGCAUCUCCCCUCCCCCCUUCCGGUGUGCAACGUCUUCUACACAGUCCACGACUGCCUUUCGAUUAUGGGAGGACAAGGGAAGCGGAGGAGCUGAGCUGGAAGGAGGCUGCUUCGAAAUGGGACUACUACUGCUACAAAGGGGGAAAAGAGGGAGGAGCCUAGAAGCGAUGGGAGAGCAGGACAGGUCUGGAGGAAGAAUCGGACAUAUACACACAACACACAAGGGUCUCUCGUGUAGCAAGGACAGUGGCGUCGACCAGACGAGGGGGGGGAGGGUGGAUGACUGUCCACCAGCCCCCUUUAUUUUCUGUAGUCUCUUCCUUAACUCUCCCCGCCAUCGUAACAGGCCCCGGUACCACUGCUGCUGCCACUGCUUAACUCUGUUCUUGCCCUCAGUCCCUCACGCAGCUCUCUCCUCUUUUUUUAUACCUCCGUGUUCUCUUUGUUCAUUUCUUUUCCUUCUUUGUGUCUGUGUGUGUGUGUCCCACAGUGUACUAGGGGUGGAGAAAUAAAUGUGUGGUUUUUCUUUCCCAUGCACAUGCCACCCUGCUGCUACAUAACCUCUGUUCCACAGGCACCAUCUCCAAGCAGUGGAACACAACCUGGCUGUUAAAUUUUAAAGUCUGAACACUGGGUUACGUCAAGAUUUGAAGAAAAACAGCAACUGAAAGUCUCCUCUUUGUGUAACAUGUUCAGCUUGCGCUCUGUUUCUUUUUUUUUUUUCUUCACUACCAGGUCUAGUCAGACUUUAGGAUGCCACUUUUUCAGCAUUCCCACCAAUCAGUUGGCUUCGCGUAAAGGACCUGGCUGAGAGAAGGGAUGCAAGGCAGAAACUUUGUACGUUGCUUGGAAGGCUGCCGCUUGCUUGUGUGGUCAGAAUUUCCCGUUUUGCUCAUUGCUACUGUUUCAAUGCCUUCAAUUUUUUUUUUUCACCUGUGAUUGAAUUAGUUGUUAUACAUCAACUCUGGGGAAGAAGAGUGCAAACAUUGCAGUGCAGCGUCUCAUGUUACCUGUGCUUCUCGUCCUUGUGCAUCAACUUCGUUAAAACAUUCCUCACUUUUUAUUGGGAGGCUGGGCACAAGCUGCACUUUUUAUCUGCUUAUGAGCUGCUGGCACUGCAUGUUGUGUAGCAGUUACAGUCUCUUCUUUAAGUUCUUUCUUUUUCUAGUGUGUUUGAAGUUCCUGCCACUGCGCAACUUCUUUUCAAUGUAGCUAAUGACAUCAACAGCCUUAGGGCCUUCAGCUGCUUUUUUGUAAGGCCUAUCGUAGUAGCUGGUGUUAUGGUUGUAAAAUUGAAAACAAAUGAACCACACAGCUAUUACAGUGGCGGGUGCUUGGAUAGGUAUGUUUUCAUGAAGGGAUGACACUGAGUGUUUUCUUGUUUGUGGUACGAUCUGCCUUUCCAGCAUUGUGCGAUAAUUCUGAGCAGGAUGCUUUUUAUGGGUGUUAAACGGUAAUGUGAGAGCGGCGGGUUAUGUUCGCUGGUUACUUUUGAGAUUGCUCUACUAGGCUUUACUUUCUCUUUCCCCGACUGUCUCUUGGCUAACUGCGGUCAAACUAUUUUUCUCUAUGGCGCUUGCGUGCUGCUUUUGCAUGUUGCGUGUAUGUGCGAGUGAUUCAUUUAAUUGUACAUUGAAAACAAAACGGGGCAAGAAAGAAAAAAAACAAAGGCUUCUGACUUUGUUGUACAUUGUUGGUUGCAGAAUCCUGUUCUUGGCCACUGUUGGGCGGUUAUUCAGGAUGUGAUAGUCUAUGCGUCUUCUUUUUUUUUUCCUCCCCUUCCAAGUAUGUAUUAAGGAGCCAGUCUGUGUUGCGGAUUAAGAAAUGUGCUACAGAUUAGCCAGAUACCUAAGCAGAGCAACCGUACGAGAUUUUGUAGCUACUGCUGGCUAGCCCAGCACUGGUGUAUAGUUUGUGCUUGUAACACAACCAAGUACCACCAGCUGAAUGGUGGAGAAGCAAUGUGUGCUCAUUUUGUCAUGCUGUACGUGUGUGCACAGCUGCUUGUGUUGCUGCUGCUGUGUUUGAUUACUUCAGGCCUGGGAACAGCAGUGAAGUGAUGCUGCAUGUGUAACUUGCGUAGCACUCCUGCAACCCCAAUAUUGUUGCAUUGUACGUAGGCUGUUUACAAGUUUUUAUUUUCCUCCCUGAAAAGAUGAUUGCCAGCAGUGAAAAACAGAAAAGGCUGUACUUCAAUUUUAAGAGGCUUGGAUCUUUUUUGUUUAUCUUUUUUUCUUCUCAAAUGUAAUUAUAUCUUCCACCUACAUAGCUGAACACUGGUUGGCACACAUUGCUAAUAAAAGGAGGAAUAAAAAAAAAGCUUGUGCUUGUGUG